AAAAGAUUAGUUAAGAACUUAAAUGAAGCUGUAGUUUAAACACAACGCGCAUAGUACAUAUGCCAUUAUUACACACAAUUUAGAAUAUAAAUAUACACAACCAAUCUUUCUCAGACGCAUUGUUUUUCUCCCAUCAUCACUAGUCACGACCAAACAAAAAGAAAGAAAGAGAGACACACACCAGUGGCAGAACCGUGAAUAAAAGAUGUCGAAAGAUUGUGGUAACCACGGUGGCGGCAAAGAAGCAGCCGUCCGGCGAAUCUGCGCCGCCGUAAUAGCCUUCAUCAUCAUAGUUCUGAUUACCAUCUUCCUAGUUUGGGUCAUACUCAGGCCCACUAAGCCAAGAUUCAUCCUCCAAGACGCCACCGUCUUCGCCUUCAACCUCUCGCAACCAAACCUCCUCACCACAAACUUCCAGAUCACAUUCGCAUCACGUAACCCUAACUCCAAGAUCGGAAUCUACUACGACCGUCUCCACGUCUACGCUACUUACCGGAACCAGCAGAUAACUCUCCGGACAGCUAUCCCUCCGACGUAUCAAGGCCACAAAGAAGACAACGUCUGGUCUCCGUUUGUUUACGGAACCGCUGUUCCGAUCGCUCCGUACAACUCCGUCGCGUUGGGAGAUGAGCAAGGUCGUGGGUUCGUAGGGCUGAUGAUACGCGCCGAUGGGCGCGUGCGGUGGAAAGUAGGGACGUUGAUCACAGGGAAGUAUCAUAUACAUGUUCGGUGUCCGGCUUACAUCAAUCUUGGAAACAAAGCUGCUGGUGUUCUUGUCGGUGAUAGCGCCGUUAAGUAUACGUUGGUUACUAAAUGCAGUGUGAACGUUUAGAACUUUGACGGAGUUAAUUGUAAAUCUACUUGACUUGAAAUAAAUGGAGGAUUGGGUCUGUUUUUUCUUUUUGUGUUUCUGUACUUGCUUUUUUUGUUUUGUUUUUAUCUUCAUAAGUUUACUACUUCGUAUUCACCAAUAAUCCUGUGACCACAUAGAAGACAGUAACUCAGUAGGAUUCGCUGUUGAGUUUAUGAAAGAUAUAAAAUAUCAUAGCAGCAAUA